UAUAAUAAUCAUAUAUCAGUAAUAACUACUUCGUGUCAUUUAUGGCAGCGCAAUGUCAGACCAACACUAUAAAUACGGGUCCAAACCUUAGCCACACAACAGCGAACGGAGAGGCACACAUAAUGAAGGCAAUUAUCGUUAUCUCAGCAUUACUUGCCGUCGCCAUAGCGACACCUAUGUACGGUAUGUACGGAGGGGGCGGAUAUUAUGACGAUGACGAUUCCUGGCGGUACGGAGGAUACGGAAUGAUUGGAGGAGGAUAUGGAAUGAUUGGAGGAGGAUACGGUGGUUAUGGUGGUAGCGGAGGAUACGGAAUGAUUGGAGGAGGGUAUGGAAUGACUGGAGGAGGAUACGGUGGUUAUGGUGGUAGCGGAGGAUACGGAAUGAUUGGCGGAAUGUAUGGAAGGUACCCAGGCAUGCACAGACAUUACUACUGGAAACGCAGACCAUACUGGCCAAUACGAAGACCUUACUACAAGAAAAGAGGAUACUACUAAAGAGUUUACAAAAGAAAUAGACCCCCCAAAAAUGACACAAUUUCAUGAUCAUAAUUAUUUUUGACAUACACGUGUAUUUAUUAGACAGAAUAAUGUGAAUGUUUUCGUAUGAAUAAAAUUCACUUUUUGUUCAGUAUAUAA